AUGCUGCACAAGAUUGUUGCGUUCUUCGCCCUUCUUCAACUCGUUGCGGCUGAUUGUGAUACCAACACCCAGGCUGCCAUCAUCCAAUGUUACACGCCCUUUCUACAGUACUACGGGCUGAGUCCGAGCAACGGUGUCCUACCUCCCUAUAUGGAUAUGGCAACGGCCAUGUCAAACAAGUUCGAUCAACAGGGAAAGCAGGCGGCCGCGGAUAUGUGCGCACAUACUCAAGUGCUGAACACCUGCCUGAACUCCACGAUGUAUCCGAUCGAUUCGGCCUGCUACAAUCAUAUCGUGGUUGGGCAAAACACUUCCGAGUCUUAUCUCUACAUGGAGGACGCGGCAAUUCAUGAUUACGAAUGUGGCGCCGGAGCGCAAGUUUUCUUUGCCGAGUUCUACUGCUCUCGCGCUGCUCAAAUCAACAAUGCUGAUAAGAUUCAGCAAUGCCAGACGGAUUUGAACAAUGACAUCAAUAACGGGAUGGCUGUUUGCAAGGCCUACGACAAGUACAUCUCCUGCAACUCGGUCAUCUACGCGAAGGCGUGCGACUUCAAUGCCGGAGUCUUGAUCUGCAACCUGUUCACGAUAUCCUUGGACAGCGUCUACAACUACUGCGACAACAACGGCCAGCUGACGCCUUGCCCCAACUAUCGCGUCAACCCGAAAUUUUUGAUUCGGCCGAAUGUGUUU